AUGAAGGUGAAGAUUACGCAGUGGGACGCGGUCGCGUCAUGGCGUUGGGAUCUUCCAGAGGACGACGUAUGUGGAAUCUGUCAAGUACAGUUUGACGGCACAUGUCCCACCUGCAAAUAUCCUGGAGAUGACUGCAGUCUCUUGAAUGGGAAAUGCGGCCACAACUUCCAUAUGCAUUGUAUCAUGGAAUGGAUCAAGCAGGACUCUGCCAAAGGACAAUGUCCCAUGUGCAGGCAAAGUGAGCACUAUCACUGCGCCACGUCUCCGUUCGCACGCACACUGACAUCGUCGCAGAGUUCGAGUGGGGAGGUGGAAACGCCGCGAGCGGCUCUGCCGAGGCAGAUGAGGACAUGGGCGCCGACGAGCAAGCUGAUGCGAAUCCCAAUUAAUACCCUCCAAGCCUACAAGGUUGGUUCACGUCCGUGA